ACUUUUCUUUACAUUUUUUAGAUGGUACUACUACUCCCAGCAUGGAACGCACUGUUCCAUGAUGGAAGUAGUAGUACCUGUACUAAUAGACAGAUCACCCUGGGUCCAUUGCGAUCCUCCUGUAUAAUGUAUAGAUGUGGCCGGCCGCUCUUCUAUUGUCCUCUGCACUGCCGUAUAUAUACACCUAUUUAUAUUUCCGCAGAGAGCUGUGAUUGGCCAGAUGGUUCCAGCCAAUCACACUGUGGGAAAUAUGAAUAGGUGCAGAGGCGGCUCUCUAAUUAGGCGAUUUAGGUGGCCGCCUAAGGCCUCACGCUAGAAGGGGCCUCGCGGACGCCUAAAUCGUGUAAUUAGAGAGCUGCAGACUGCUGUAAUUAAAAAUAUGUCAGCAGCCUUUCCCGGUCAAAAUUUUUUAUUGUUUAGCCCCUUUCUCGCCGCCCGAUCGCAUCCGCGGUAUAUUACUGUUCGUUUCAUCAUGAUGCUGGAGUGAGUCCCCUCCCAUCCGCCUUCUGAACUGACAAUCCACCAAUCCACAUUCCGCAAUGCCGAUUACGUCAUGACGCGACGUCCCCCACCCGCGGUACCAAGAAGAAGAAGAGAAGAGGAAGAAAGAAGACUAGCUGCUGCUGCAGGAAAGCGAGCACGAGCAGAGCACAAAGAAAUAGGCGUAUGCCAGAUCGGGAGGAUGAUUUCCUGACACCGGCUACAAGACUUCUGGAGAAGAAGCGAGAGAUGAUUGAAGUUGAACAAGCUUUAAACACCCAAAAAGAGGAAUUUCAGAUGAAGACUGAGAGUCUGCAGCAGCGUCGUGCUGAACUUGAACACAAAGAAGAGAAACUCAAGGAUUCCUUGUUCAAAUUUGAUAAGUUCCUCAAGGAAAAUGACUCAAAACGAAAGCGUGCACUACGUAAAGCAGGUGAAGAGCGGCAGCUAGCGGCACAGAAGGAAAGAGAAGCAAUACGUUUACAGGCUGAGAACAUACAGCUGCAGACCCGUAAAGAGAAGCUGCUGCACAGACAAGGAAAGAAUAGCAUAUAUCAGCAGUACCUGCAAAGGGUGUUAGAGAGGACUGAAGAGUUUCAGGAAGUCCAGGAGAUGAUUGAUCGGUUUAACACACUAAUGGCUACACAAGAAAAGUUACUGAAGCGAGAGCUGGAGUAUCAGGAGAAGACUGAGCGCGAAAGGGCACGAUUGCUACAUUACCAGGAGGAGGCACACAGCCAGAUCCUGGAGCUCAAUAACCAAAUAGCAGAUCUACAGGGACAACUAGAAAGAGCAAGAGCUGUGGUUCUCGAAUGGGAAUCAGGUUGGGCACAAAUCCAAAACACAGCAGCAGAAAAUACGCUCCGCUUGGGUCGCAUCAGAAUGGCAGCUCUGAAUCUGUUCCAAACAAUCACCAAACAGAUGCAUAUGAAGUCUGACAUAUCCAUAGAGGACACAGAAAUGCAGCUCGAGAAGAUUAAAAUGUGCUUUAUGGAUCUGGAUGCUAUAUACAAGGAUCUAAAGAAGAGUGAUCUGACUCCAUUGACUACAGCCAUGUCCUCCACUAACUGACCUGGUUAUAUCUGGAAGAUCAGGAAGGGGCAUACCACAAAGCUUAAAGGGGUACUCCGCCCCUAGACAUCUUAUCUCCUAUCCCCAGUGGCGGGACCCUCGCGAUCUUUAUGCUGCACCCAGCAUUCGUUUAGAGCGUCUGGUUCAGUGCCAGAGGCUUGUGAAAUCACAGCCGCUCCCUGCUCGUGACAUCACAGCCGCGCCCCUCAAUGAAAGUCUAUGGGAGGGGGCAUGACAGCCAUCACGCCCCCUCCCAUAGACUUGUAUUGAGGGGGCAUGGCCGUGGUGUCAUGAGUGGGGUGUGACCGUUCCUCCACCCCGCAUCGCCUGUCAUCCCGCACGGAGAGAAGUUCGCUCUGUGCACCGGAUGUCUGGGGUGUCGCAGCCGAGAUCACGGGGGUCCCCAGCGACGGGAACCCGCGAUCAGACAUCUUAUCCCCUAUCUUUUAGAUAAGGGAAAUGAUGUCUAGGGGCGGAGUACCCCUUUAAGGAGAUUGGGACAAUAUAUAUCACUUAAUAUUAAAGGAAAAGCAGCCAUUUUACAGUGGAGAAAUGCCAGCAGUGGGGCUUUUCUAUGUUCUCUGGCUCGUACUGUAGAAAUAGCAGACCAAGGAGACUAAUAAUGGAAUUUAAGAAGUAAAUGAAUAUGAUGGGUUUUUAUUUAGCAGAUAGAAUAAUAAAUCCAGACUGACCAAAGAUAUUUUGUCUCUACAAGCAGAAUGUUGAUUGUUUUACAGCAUGAUAACACAGAUCUGUAUAAACAUUGUGGAAUGCAGAACCGCUUGAGCACCUAAAUAACAGCGUCUCCAGCGCCACCUGCUGCUAAGAAAAUAUAUUGCUCUGAAAACUACAAGGCAAAACGGGCCUAUCAAAAUGGUGUCAUGGCAGACAGAGUUCUGUUAUCAUUCAUUAGGAAAAUAACAGGACCAAUUGCCAUAAGCAAAUUAACAUCUUCUUAGUUUUUAUGCAGGCAUUUAUUUUUGAUAAUGGAGCUCAGACUGGUGCUAAAAAAAAAAAAAUAAAAAAUAAAUAAAUUAUACUCCCGUUUCCUGCUGCCCCAGCAUCGUUGUUUCACAGAGCUCUAGUGCUGUGCAGCCCUUCUGGGGUCAAGGUCAGCAAGUGGAACUGGCCACUUGUCAAUCACCAGGACCAAAGCUCCAUGAUAACAGCGAGGGAGUGAGGAAGGUGAGAAUAGGUUUUGUUUUUAGCACCAUUACUGUGCAUUCACACUGAGUGAAUGGAAUCUCCGCUCAUAGAAUUCUGCGAUCGGAGAUUCCAUCUGGUGGCCGACGCCAAAAUUCCUCGGCGGUUGGACCGCACAGCCCUGCGCUGUCAACUUUGACAAAAAUGCAGGGCUAGCAGACUUUCGCGCAAAGAAUGAACAUGUUCUUUCUUUGUGCGAAUCAAUUUUAGCUGAAAUUCCUCAGUCUGAACGGGUCGCGGGGAAAACCUAUUCACACUGAUGUUAAUGUUCAGUGCGCGGAAUAACGCAGUGUGAACAUACACUUUUUUU